UGCUGCUAGUUUCAACUGAAAGUUAAGAAGUUAAAAAAUUCUGUACCACUCCACACACAACUAAUUUCCCCUCGGUGAUUUCCAGUCGGAACGAACUUCACCCAGAAGGCCGGAAAGACCUUUCUCCUAGUUUCUCAGUUCUCAAACACAGCUUGCCGAUGGCUACGCCUCAAUUCCUCUCAUCAUUCAAGUAUUCCGACAGCCUCACGGUUGUCGGAAUCUCAAUGUGUACCGCUGUAGUCUGUGAAGCCAUCUCCUGGAUCUUAAUUUACCGCACAAACUCCUACAAAUCUCUCAAAUCCUCCAUCGACAAAGCCUCUAAGAAGCUUGAGAACAUGAAAACUGAAACCACCAAAGUCACCAACAAGAAAUCUAAGACCAAGAAAAUAGACCGUGUCGAGAGCUCUUUAAAAGAGUCCAGUCGUGAUCUCUCUCUCUUCAAGUUCAAAUCCGGUGCCGUUGUGGCCUUGGUACUGUUUGUCGUUUUCGGAUUAUUGAAUUCGCUAUUCGAAGGGAAAGUGGUGGCAAAAUUACCGUUUAAGCCUAUAGGGAUCGUGAUGAAGAUGAGUCAUAGAGGAUUGCAAGGCGACGAUGCGACUGAUUGUUCAAUGGCGUUUCUAUAUUUCCUUUGUUCAAUCAGUAUCCGUACAAAUCUCCAGAAGUUUCUAGGUUUUUCACCGCCGCGUGGAGCCGCAGGGGCUGGAUUGUUCCCGAUGCCUGAUCCAAAAACGAACUGAUCGGGUUUGCUGUUAUUCACUUAUUGAUACUUGACAGUCUAUUAAUUUUUAGUGUUUUUAGGUCAUAAUUAUCUGUUUCUCUAGUGAGGAGUAGGAUAAAUGGACUUAUCGUUGUUGAGUAGAUGGAUAAUUAUUUGAUAUUGGAUUCUCUAAAAACUGGGAUGACACUCCACUGUUGUUUUGGUGAUUGUUGUGUUUUAUAACUGUAAUUUGGGCAACAUCAAUGAAGUGUUCUUGGUUUAGUUCGAAU